ACCAAGAUGGCUGCGGGCCCCCAGCGCACCCUGAUCAGGACGAGAUCUCUAUCGUGGUCACUCGCCUUUGUCACUGUGUAUUUUCUUCGUGUAUGGAUGGAAGUCAGCCUGAGGCAGACUGCAGUCACAAGGCUGCUCUUUCAAGAAAUAUCAGGAAUCACUUCGAUCGUACUUUCCGUCAAGUUUUUCGCAAGCAGAGUCACAGAUGUCAUCGAGCUGUUCGGACAAAUGAAGACUAUUGCCCACUGUCUUGAAGAAAACCGGGCCCCACAGAAGCAGAGGUCCAUGUCAAACCCCGCUCGCAUCUCACACCGUGUCGCCGAGUUCAACUCAAUUUUGACUGCGUUACAUCUGACAGAACUUAUUGUGGUUUUGGAUUUGCUGCGGAGCACCAAAUAGUCCCACUUGUCUGUCUGAGAAUCUACUCGUCCCUCACUAAUUAAAUGUAGUUGAAAGAAACGAAUAAUAAAUCAUUAGCGUU